AUGAGAGCGUACAUAUUCCAAGCUCGUGGUCUGCUUGCUGGCGAUCAGACGGGUCUGUCCGAUCCCUACGUGCGCGUCAACUUUGUGAAUCAAUCGCAGAAGUCGGAACGCCUUGAGAAGACGCUGUGUCCUCAGUGGGAUCAGACACUCAUAUUCGAGGACCUACAACUACACGGCAGUCCGGAUUCCAUUAUGGAUGCACCACCGCCGGUUACCAUUGAAAUAUUUGACUGGGAUCAAAUAGGAACGGAUACAUAUCUUGGUCGUUGCAGGACUGAGCCCGUAGUAGUCCUCGAACCUGAGCAUUCCAAAGAUGUCCUACUGCAGUGGUAUAAAUUUGACUGCAUUGGCAAGGAUGGUGGUGAAUUACUCGCGGCUUUUGAGCUUAUCCUGAUGGAAGGUCAACCACCUCGGCCUCCACCACCAAUGCGCGGAAAGCUUUAUAUGGUUCCGGAUGGAAUCCGCCCUGUUCUUCAGACUACUGCAAUUGAAGUCCUCUGCUGGGGUGUUCGUAAUAUGAAGAAAUAUCAACUGGCCAACGUCAAUUCGCCGUGUGUGGAGAUUGACAUUGGUGGUAACAUGUUGCACUCAGACACCAUCCACAAUCUCAAGCGCACUCCUAACUUCCCCAAGCCACUGAUGUACCUGGAAGCCAAUCUUCCCAAAGAGGCCCUCUACAUGCCUCCGAUUAAUAUCAUGGUUCGUGACAACCGUCCCUUCGGUCGAAAACCUGUUGUCGGGACACACGUACUCAGUGACAUUUCCAAGUUCCGAGUGGAGCCUCUAUAUCAACCCUACGAUCCGCUGGAAAAGAUUCCUGGUAAUGAGUUGCUUUUUGCGUCCUUUUUAUGCCAAUGA